CAAUCAUGUCUUUGUCUUUUCGCAGUUGGAGUAUGUUUUAAGUCCACUUUGCCAGCUGAGAUUAACACUCUUCUUCAUAUUCUAAACUCUCUUUUGAGGUUCCAAGAAUACCUGAGAAGAAAUAAUGGAUUUGGAAAUGGAUGAUAUUGAUGAACAAAUAGCACCACCAAAAUCAGACAAAGAAGAAGAAUUUAGACCUUACUAUCCUGAGAAAGUCGAUGAAGAAGGUGUUAUUACUAAGACUGGUUUGAAGAAGAAACUUGUUAAGAUUGGUGAUGGCUGGGAUGCUCCUGAAGAAGGAGAUGAAAUCACAGUGAAUUUUAAGGCUAAGGUUGUUGGUGGUGAACAAUUUGCUGCAAGUGCACAAGGGGAACCCUUGGUUGUCAUUGUGGGGAAGGAUAUCAUUUUAAAAGGAUGCAAGGAGGGUAUAAUUACAAUGAGGAAGGGAGAACUCUCCAUUUUUACGGUACCACCUGAAUUGACUGCAGGAAUCCAACUUCAAUACCCAGACAUUCCUCAAAAUGCAACUUUACAGUUCGAGGUAGAACUCUUGUCUUGGUACAAAGUUAUCGAUGUCUGUGAAGAUGGAGGAGUCUUUAAGAAAAUUUUAUCUAGAAGUGAGGUGUUUGAACGAGUGGAGAAGAAAGACGAAGUGACAGUUAAAUACGAAGUGAAACUUGAGGAUGGUACUGUUGUGGCAAAAUCACCUGAAGAAGGAGUUGAAUUUCUUGUGAAUGAUGGCCAUCUUUGUCCUGCCAUUGCGAAAGUCGUGGUUACUAUGCGGAAGGAAGAGAAAGCUAUCUUACGAGUGGAGCCUGAAUAUGCAUUUGGUAGUACCGGGAAACCUGCACAGGAUGGUCUUUCAGCCAUUCCUCCAAAUGCAGUGGUAAAUAUUGCCUUAGAGCUGGUGUCGUUCAAACUACUGGAGUAUAUAACGGAGGAUAUGUUAGUUAUCAAGAAAAUCACAGUUCCUGGAGUAGGAUUUGAGAAGCCAAACAGUGGAACCACGGCUCAGAUCAGAUAUAUCGCUAAGCUCGCGGAUGGUGUCAUUUUUGACAAGAAGGGUCACGACGAGGAGGAUUUAUUGGAGUUUAAAGUGGAUGAAGAGGAGAUUAUUGAAGGCCUUGAUAAGGCGGUUGCUACCAUGAAACGAGGAGAAUUUGCUUUAGUUAUCAUCAACCCUGAGUAUGGAUAUGGUAGUAGUGAAACUAAAACGAAGUUUGCUGUUGUUCCCCCAAAUUCAAUUCUACAUUAUGAAGUUGAGAUGGUAGGAUUUACAAAGGUUACAGAAUCAUGGGAUAUGGAGGCAGCACAGAAGCUUGAAUAUGCGGCAAAACGGAAAGAGGAAGGCAAUGUUUAUUUCAAGGCUGGAAAGUAUAAGAGAGCUUCAUUAAGAUAUGAUAUGGCAGCUAAGUAUGUGGAGUUUGAGAGUACUUUUGACGAGGAGCAAAAGAAGGCAGGUCAUUUCUUCAAAGUUACCUGUCAACUAAACAAUGCUUCGUGCAAAAUUAAGCUGAAGGAAUUCAGAGAAGCUGCAGCGUUAUGCACAAAGGUACUGAAGCUAGAACCUAGUAAUAUUAAAGCACUUUUUCGGAGAGCUCAAGCUUACAUGGAAACAAUAGAUUUGGAUCUGGCUGAGUUGGACUUGAAAAAAGCUCUUGAAAUCGAUCCCGACAACAGAGAGGUAACUACCCAACUGCUAAGACUUAAGAAUUUGAGGACAUUUCAUGACAAGAAAGAUGCAGCACUUUAUGCCAACAUGAUGAAAAAACUUUGAGAAAACUACCAGCUGUCCCGUCCACUUAGUUUCUUGUUCAGUCACAAAUGGAGUCUCUAGCUAAAAUUCAUACUUCAUGUCUGUAUGGCAUUUUCUUCCUGCAAUCUUUGAUGUGAUGAUAUGUCUAUAAGGAACUAUAUGAGUUCUAAUAAUAAAAAUAAAUAAAUCUGGUGUCAUUCUUCUGGAAUA